AUGCAUUUCCACUACGUGCUCUCGAUCCUCGGUUUGACUGCCGUUGCCUUGGCGCAGUCUGACUCCAACCCCUAUGAUGCUCCUUGCGGAAGCUACAAGAAUUGCCUUGCCAACUGCCCCAACGAGGACUUCUUUCCCCUAGCGGAUGAGUGCGAUACAGACGAUGAUGGAAAGCCGUUCUGCUAUGUUAACUUCUGGUGUGCUUAA